AUGCCAAGGAGCCAUGAUAAGAGUCUCAGUAACCAGGAUGAAGAGCGUUGGAGCGAUUCAGGAGUUGUUGAUGGGGACGGCGAGGGCUUGGAUGGAAGUAAGGAAGACUGGGAGAAACGAGCUCAGGAGGAGGAUUGUGAAAGUGUAGGUGAAGCCGACAAGGUGUUGCUUCCAAAGGGAUCGCAAGCAGAAGUGGAUCUGAACGAGGCGAUUUCGUAUUUGAACAGAAUUCGGGAGGAUUAUUCUGAUAAGAUAGAUGUUUAUGAUAACUUUGUGGAGGUGAUGAAGGAUUUCAAGUUUGGGAAGAUUGAUGCACAAGAAGCAUGUAUGAGUGUGAGAGAGAUAUUGAAAGAGAAGCCGCAUCUUAUUGUACGUUUUAAUGGAUAUCUUCCGAAGCAUCUGAGGAGUGCAGAAGAUAGAGCUGAAGGAGAGGCAAACAUCAAGCCUGAUAAACGAAAAAGAUUAACUACACGAAGCAAGCAAGAUACAGAGAAUGCAAUGAUUGCGGCAUGCAUAAAUGAUGGAAUGGCGGAAAGCGAUGAGGUGUAUGUGAAGUACAGGGUUGAUGAAAGUCGGAAUGCCAAGGCCCCUGUAAUGAGUCGAUUGGGUGAAGUGUAUGACGGGCAAGGUGGAAAGGAAGUACCUGAAGAAGCAAGCGCGGGGUUUAGGAAGGCAGAGGAGUAUGAGAAGAUGAAAGCCAAGCAGGCACAUGACUUUAUACAAAAAGUGAAGAAGCGAUAUUAUCAGAAUCCAAGUAUAUAUAGGUCGUUUGUAGAGCUGCUUCAAUCGCACCAGGUGAAGAGUGGGAUGUUUGACCGAAUGAAAGCGGAGGUGAAUAGUUUGCUGUGGGAAAGCCCUGAUCUUUGCGAGGAUUUUGAAAAGAACUUUGUUCCGUUGAAGCGAGCAGGAAUGAAUGGCGAAAAGGAUGUUCUGCAGCGAAUCAAGGAUGUGCUGAAAGAUAAGAAUCUUCUGGACGACUUCCUAAAAUGCAUUAAUUAUUUUAAUCAAAAGUUUAUUAGCGAGAGGGAUCUGAUUGCUCUUGUGGAGCCGUUGCUAAGGAAUGAAGAGCUGGUGAGGGGAUUUAAGGAGUUUAUUAAUUAUACAGAGGUGGGGAAAGAGGUGCAUAGAGCGGAGCGAUACAAGAGGGAGGAGGGAUCAUAUAAGAUCCUUGCGGAGGAGAUCAAGUGCAGCAAGUAUCAGGAGGGAGUUGCAAAGGAGGUUCUUAAUUUUACAUGUAUAAGCUGUCCGAAGUUUGAGUCUGAGGAUUCGAAUUAUGUGUUUCUGAAGCGGAAUGUGCAUGAGGAGGCGCUGUUCCGGAUUGAGGACGAGAUAUCUGAGGCGGAUAUGGCAAUUGAGAGGAUACAGUAUUUUGUGAGUGUGCUUGAGCAGGUUCUUGCAAGUAACGAGGAGAGUGAGAUUGGGAUGAAGGAUAUAAGGAUGUCGCCUGGGGUGAUGAAGGAGGUUUUGAAGGGGGUGUAUGGACGAUCUGCGGCGGAAGUGCUUGAAGGGAUUUUGAUGAAGCCACAGGUGGCUAUUCCGAUAGUUAUAAAGCGACUGUACAUGAUGAACAAGAAGCUGAGGUUUUGUGUGAGGGAGCGAAGGAAGGUAUGGAAGGAGGUGAUUGAGCGGAACUAUUACAAGGCGCUGGAUGCAGUUGGGCCGUCGUAUAAAGCAAGCGAGAAAGACAUGUUUACGAUGAAAAGUAUUGCCGAGAGCGCAGGAGAAGGAGUGAGUGUGCAUAUUAAUGAUUAUGAGGUAUUGAAUGACGUGAGGCGCUUGUGUGAAGUUUAUAUUGAAGCAAGUCAAAUGGAUAAUAAGAAGACAGCUGUGGAUGAUUUGUUGAGCAUGCUGAAUGAGGUAUUUGAGAAGUAUGUGCAGAAAGAUUUCAUGAUUGUUUCUGAGUUUCCGCUGUUUUGUAUAUAUAGAUUUGUGAUUUUUGCUUAUGAAAGAAUAGCUGAAGUGAAGAGGAUGAUUUUUGAAGGAUUUGCUGGUGAAGAGAUGGAUAAUAAGGAAAAGAAGUUGAUUUAUAUGAAGUUGAUGGAUUUAUGCACUGAUUUCAUGAAGAAAGAAAUCGAUGGAUAUAAUUUUGAGGAAGGAGUUCGUGAGAUUACGAGGUGCAGGGGAUUUAGACUAUAUAACCUGAAGAAGAUGAUAUCCCGAAUAGAGAAGGAGAUUGUCUCGCUGGUCGAGAGCAGAUAUUUGAAUUCGUGUGAUUGGAAAGGGAAUGAGAUGAGCAGUGGAUUGUAUAGUCUUAGGAAGGAGGAUAAUUUUUUAGAAAUCAAAAUGAUUAAGCAUGAGUCGGGCGAUAAUUGGAAGGAAUAUGUCAGGAGAUUUGAGCACUUGGCGUCUUGCCUAGAUGGUAAGGUUGAAGGUCCGUUCAUGAAACGAGGUUGUAGAAAGGCACCAAUUGUAGGAUAUCUGGAGCAGAAUCUCAAAGUGAUUCUCAAUCCGGAGACCUACGCUAUGAGGUAUGUGUUUGGAUCUGAGAUUUUUUAUGUUAACCUGAAAUCGUAUCUGAAGAAGAUGUAA